CAGAAUUGCACCAGACGCUUCCACGACAGCCCAAUCAGCUCCAAGAGGGCUCCAAGAUGCCCUCCAAGAGGGCACCGUUUUUUAGCCGUCGCCAUUUUGGCUCAAGUUGCGGAUCAGGCCGGUCAGGGCCAAGCCCCUCUUCUCUCCGCCUAGGGCGGGGAAAGGGGGGGGGCCCGAGGUCGCCCCCGAGCACGAGCCUCGGGACGGCGUUCUCCCCCCCUGGCCGGGCGCUGCCCGCAGGCCCCGCCGGCCGCCCCGCGGGGGGCGCCCAGCAAGGGGCCCUCGCAUGGCCGAGCUGGCGCCCCGUGCGGCGCUCGGGCGCGAUGCCGGCACGAGCCACGACGAGAUGAUCAAGCUGGUGUGCCGGUUGCUGCGCAUGUCGCACUGGUGGCUGCUCCUGGGCGGCAUGUACCAUGUGCUCCUGUGCCUGAACCUGCCUGCGGCGGACCUGUACACGGCCCUCGCCAAGCUCGUCUUCAACGUCCUGGUGCAGCUGGCGACCGCGUACGCGACGGUGCGGGGGAAGUCGUGGGUCUUCGAGCUGCAGGCCAUACAGAGCAUUGCCUCCGCCUCCCAGUGUGUGCUCGCGCUGUGCAUGCUUGCGGGGCGGGAGGAGUGGACAGUGCGCGAAAUUGCAGUGAUGAUGUUCACACGCCCGCUGCUCUCGUUCGGAAUAAUGUGCGGACAUUCUGCUUUAGCCGUCGUCGAUAGUGCAGAGCCACAUUGGGUAUUGGUCGUCAGUUGCACGGCCUUCAACGCUGCUGUGGCGUGGAAAGUUAUUUUUUCUAUGACGACCUUUGAGGGGGUGAUCCUCUCUGCCUCUAUGUCGUAUGUACAAUUGUUUGUCGGGGCCGCUCUCAAGACCACCAGUAACGCCCUGCACACGGAGCGCGAUGUGCUGAAGCUGGUAAGAGACGGCCUGCAGCAGCAUGUCGACUCGCAGGACUCAAUGUGGAAGUCCGUGUUCGACGCUACCUUGCUCUGUGACUCCACCAGUGCCGUUGUCAACGCCUCUGCCCAGGCCGUGGACCUGCUCCAGUUCGAGACAGCGGAUGCAGUGGUGGGCCAGGCCUUCAGCGGUCUGGCCGCCCCUGGAGAGCAGAGCCGCAUCUCCAGAUUUUUGCAGGAGGUCGUCUCGAGCACGUCAAGCCAGGCGAUGACAAUACAAAGCAUCUUCUUGCAGAAAGGCCAGGCCAUCGUCGAGCUCAAGAUCAACGCGGUCAGGGUCGUGCAGAGCAUCUACGACUCCUCCUCGGAGAGCUCGUUCGGGAUCCUCGUCGGGGCACGCCUGGUCGAGGCGCCGAGAGAGGAGACAAGCCCGGCCAGACCCCCCGAGGACACGCCUGCGCAGAUGGGCGCGGCAGACUCCGAGGAUAUGUGGAUCGCUUUCGACGCGGGCACCGAAAACUUCGCCAUCAGCGAGUGCAGCCCCGGCAUCUUCUCUGAGUGCGAGCAGCACGGACUCCUGAGCUGGACCUCGCAUAUGGCGCGACACGGCCUGGAGACCUGGGUAGUGGACGAAGUGGCAGCUUGUGGUCAGCUCGGGAGCACGUCCUCCACGGUCAUCGAGCAGUUCCACCUGAAGAUUCCCGCAGCGCCGGCGAGGUCGAGAUCGGCAGAGAAGGCCUGGCUGAAAUUUUGCCCACAGCGCUUGACGAGGACGAUGAGCUGUCGCUGCCGGCCGUUCUUUGGCUGCGCGGUGUGUCAAGCCAGCAGUGGCGGCGCUCGAGCGAUGGCGGGAAGCAGGCCAGGCGCCCCAUGCGGCCCAUGUGGGUCAAGCAGCAGCUGACCAGCAUCCUGGAGGACGGCGACCCGGGUGCGCUCGGGGAGCUGGCGGAGCAGCAGUCCGUGGCCAGCAGCGACGAGAUCACGCCGUCGAACAGCGUCUCCGAGCUGGGCUUCAAGUUCCGCAUCCGGCAGCGCAGCGUGGACAGUGCGCAGCGCAGCGUGGGCAGUGCCGAGGGCGCGCUGGUUGAGCAGCAGCUCGUUGCCAGCAGCGACGAGCUCAGCAGCGACGAGCUCGCGCCGUCGGACAGCCCCUCCGAGCAGGGCCUCCAGCUCCGCACCCAGCACCUGGGCAAGUGCGGCGCCGAGGACGCGCUCGGGGCGCUGGCCGAGCAGCAGCCCGCGGCCGGCGGCGUCGAGCCCACGCCGUCGGACAGCGCCUCGGACGUGACCUUCGAGCCGAGUGGCGGCCGCCUCCGGCGGCGAGGCUGAGGCUGGCGGCCGCGGCUGCGGCCUGCGCUGCGCCCGCGGCGCCCAGGGCCCACGAUGGACGCUCGAGGUCCGAGGCACCUUUUUCGCCGACGGGGAGAUGGUCUCGGAAGGGCCACCCACGCCAGCACGUCGCCUGCGCAGGAGCGUGAUAUCAGAUCCGCCGAGGCCCGAGGCACCUUCUUCGCCGACCGGGAGAUGGUCUCGGAAAGGCCACGCCAGCACGUCGCCCGCGCAGGGGCCUGCUCACCACAUGUGUGCUGUCGUCGCGCUUGUUGUGUAGCCGCGUCGCAGGUUUUUUUCGCCCAGGUGGGCCAGCCCUUGGCGAGUUUGCUUGGUGCUUACGCUGCCACAAGUGGGGCCAGCGAUGCUGCUUCGACGGGAACUUGCUUCCAGCUGCACUUUCGGCAUGAUUCGAAGUCUGAUUAACCGUUGUCCCCAAGUGACGCAGUCAAGAAAGCAUAAUUACCCAUGCGGGUGGGGGCGCUCCUAGAUAAUCUCGCCAGAGGCAAACCACUCGAGCGCCAAUCCAGUAGCGGCAUGACAGAAGAAGCCGACCUGCUGGCAGGUGCCCCGCGUAGAUCUCUCCUCAUGGCUUGUUGGCCUCGGGGGCCCACAGAGAAGCUUUGGGGCAUCCUGGGAAGUUAGUAUGUCGACGACAGCGGGCCCUUCCGUAUGUCUCUCCUGGCGAGAUUGCUCCUCGCAUGCGCAUGCUGUGUGUGUGCGUGUGCACUUUCCCCUCGGCUCGCUGGGAGGCGCCUUCGCCCAGGGCACCCGCAGGCGCGCGACGACGCCUGUGCAUCGCACUUCGCGGCCCAGUCUUAUGAUGUUCCAACCUACUUCAGCCUGCAUGACCAGACAGAACCUCGAGCACCAAGAGGAGCAUUUUUCUGACUCAGCUCUCGAAGUCCCGGCUCAACUGUCCCACUUAAUUGACCUGUUUGGCGUUGCCACGCAGAAGCUCCAACGCCCAGUGAUCCAGCGCGCGCGUGCGCCAGCAGGGGGCCGCCGUCCCCUUGGCCACUAUCCAUUUGCGUUCCGCCUGCACAGUGAGGCGAGUAAGGAUGAGCUUCGUAGUCGGGAGGGUCGGGGGGGGGGGGGCGAGUGUUCAUGCGCCCGGCGCCGCAGACCCACAGGCGCGGCCCGGGGGCAGGCUGCGCUUGCAGCGGGAGCUAGCCACAACAAGUCUCACGCAGUUCUAUGAGCGCGUUCCCUAUUGCUUUCUGUUCCAAAAUGCCAGCGCAUUUAGCCGCCCUACUGCCAGCCUGCUUGCCAGUAUUAUACGUUACAUUUGGGCUAGGCACAUUCUGCAUGAUGGGGCCCUGCGCGAGGGGGUGCACCCCAGAAGAGGCAUUGCGGCAGGAUCGGCGGAAAAAAGAGGGCACCGUUUUUAGCGUUCUCAUCUUUCGGGCUUCCGACAGUCCAAGACGGCCCAAGAGGCAUUCAAGCGGCCUCAGGCCUACAAUCGAAUUAGGCGCGGACGCGGGGCCUUGCGGAGUACAGUGCCUUCGUUGCGCAGCUUGCGCUUUGCAAGCGAGAAUGUCGCUCUGCACGCGCUCUGCCAAUUUGUAUAACGAGCGCCGUGGGUGCGAAUACACAGGCUGGCCGUUCCCGACAGGACUGCCUGGGCGCAGACCGCAGGAGGGGUGACGCUUAUCCACGUGGCCGAGUGCAUGUACAAAUGGCAGAUUGUUUGCGCGAGCGACGGAGCAAGAACCAAAAAGCCAAUACAAGUGUCCUGUCGUCUUGAUCUGGUGUGCCCG